AACAAAAUAGUAAACCAGGCCAGGCAGCUUUCAGAAAGCAGAAGAGAGAUUAAAGAAGGUGAAGGUUAAUACUAGCUAGCGCAUGGAUAUAUAUAUGGAGGAGUAUGGUAGUUUAUUUGGUAUCCCAAUGCAUGACUGACUUUGCUUUUCCCCUCGAGAAGUUUUCAGAAAAUCUCUUCGUUCUGGGUUUCAUUUCUUUGAGAGAACCAAAAACAAAAGAAAACAAAAAUGAAGUCUUUGAGUAAUGAUGGGUCUGGCAGCAAUAAUGGCAACUGGUUGGGUUUUUCCCUGUCUUCCCAUUCCAGUUUAGCCCACUCUAUCAACUAUCCUAAUGCAAAUGCCAUUUACUAUGGGCUUGAAGGUGAGAAUGCAGGGCUGUUGUCUUCUUUCUCUGUAAUGCCUCUCAAGUCUGAUGGCUCUCUUUGCAUUAUGGAAUCUUUCAACAGGUCACACCCCCAAGGUUUGGUGAUUCCAACGCCGCCGAAGCUUGAGGACUUCUUUGGGGAUGCAACAAUGGCGCCCCACCAUCACUAUGACGACAGAGGUGGUGGAAUGGACGGUCAAGAUUUCCUCAACCAUCUUCAAGAAAACUCCAAGCACCAGGAACAACAGAUUGUGGUGGCUCACCACUUCCAAGACUACUCUGCAGCAAUGAGAGGUGGUGGGCAUGAGCUUCAGCUCCCAACAAUGGCAGAAAACCAAAUGUCGUCGGCAACUAGUGUUGGGUUAAAGAACUGGGUUUCCAGGGGGUUUUCAGGGGAGCAUGUAAUGAAUGAAAAUGGUGGAGAAUCUACUACUGGAUCUAUUGGAGCUAUGGGAUAUGGCGAUUUUCAGUCUCUGAGCUUAUCAAUGAGCCCUGGCUCACAGUCAAGCUGUAUCACCGCCCCAAACCACCAAAUCACACCCACUGUUACACAGUCCUUGGCCCCGGAAACCAAGAAAAGAGGGUCUGAUAAGGUGGUGGAUCAGAAACAGAUUACUCACAGAAAAUCCUUUGACACAUUUGGGCAAAGAACAUCUCAGUACAGAGGUGUUACUAGGCACAGAUGGACUGGUAGAUAUGAAGCUCACUUGUGGGACAACAGUUGUAAGAAAGAAGGACAGAGCAGGAAAGGGAGGCAAGUUUAUCUAGGGGGCUAUGACAUGGAAGAAAAGGCAGCAAGGUCAUAUGAUUUGGCUGCAAUCAAAUACUGGGGACCAGCUACCCAUAUCAAUUUCCCAUUGGAGAACUAUCAUCAAGAGAUAGAUGAAAUGAAGAACAUGACCAGGCAAGAAUAUGUUGCCCACCUAAGAAGAAGGAGCAGUGGCUUCUCAAGGGGAGCUUCAAUCUAUAGAGGAGUCACAAGACACCAUCAGCAUGGAAGAUGGCAAGCUCGAAUCGGCCGAGUUGCUGGAAACAAAGAUCUUUAUCUGGGAACAUUCAGCACGCAGGAAGAAGCGGCGGAGGCUUAUGAUAUUGCAGCGAUCAAGUUUCGAGGUUUGAAUGCAGUGACGAAUUUCGACGUUUCCAGGUACGACGUGGAGCGGAUAAUGGCGAGUAGCACGCUUCUCACCGGCGAACAAGCGCGGCGGAGCAAGAACAUGACGGCGGCGGCGGCGUAUAACCAAAAACCGGGCGGCGGCGGUGUUGGUGAUGAUUUCAGAAGCUCCUGUUUAGGUUUGGAGGGGAUGGAUAAUACGAUGAUGAUGGUGAAGACGACGACUAAUAAUCAUCUGUCGACUGGCAAUUCUUCGUUGGUAAACAGCGUCGAAAGCUCCAGGGAAGGCAGCCCUGACAAGACGACCAACACCGCCCCGCCGGUGCACUUUCAGUCGCCGGCGGCGGCCAAUUUCUACGGAACUAGUAGUAGUGUGAGUAACGUGAAUUCUUGGAUUUCGUCGGCGGCGGCGGCGCAGCUGAGGUGUCCUUUGCCGGUUUUCGCUGCAUGGACAGAUGCAUAGCUAAAGUAGCUAGCUAGCUGAUGAUGAUGAUAUAUCAUGGUUACGUUUAAUUCGGCGUUAACGUUAAUUGUGUGAAACAUCGGAGAUCUUUCUCAUGAUGACGAUCAAAGAUGACCUAUAACUUAGCUAGAUUCCUUGUACGAGGUUUUUCGGAUUUACUACUGCUUAAAUAUUUGGGUGGAUUAAUUAAUUUUAAGUGAAAAAUAGCUAGCUAGCUAGCUAGCUCUUGUAACCUACGUUACGUUCUUCAAUUCAUUUUAUCUUAGACAAACUUCA